GUAAUCUGAAAAUGUUUUCAGCUCAAGUCUGUUAUUGGAUUUAAAAAUAGUUGAACUGAUGGUGACUCAGUGACGUUUUAGUUGAUUUUUUUUUUGUUUUGUUUUUUUGAGGCUGUUUUCUUGUGCAGGUGAGGCCCUAACGUGCUAUUUUCCGCAUCUUCACAUUUCUCUUAAGUGUACCAUAUGGUCACCCAGCAGGCAGCCUUCAGGACAAGAACACAAUGAGGGAAAUUCUGAAUCAUAAUAUUUCUCCUAAGAGGCAGGUAGGACCUAAAUGUGUCCUCAGACAGAAAUACCUUCUGUAAAAUGUAGAACAUCUGAAAUCAUGGAGGCGCCUUAGUCCAACAUCAGUUUUAUGGAUUUUGCUUAUUAAAUCAGGGUAAUGGACUUCGCUCAAGACCAGGAAAGUGAGCAGCCAACAAAAUAUAAAAUCAUUUUGAUAACUUCAGUUUUAAACAGAUGAUAAUGAAGAGUCAAAGCAUCAGCAGUAACAUGGACGGUCUGCUGAGACAGUCUCAGAUGGAGCUGCAGUGGAUCCAAAGACAGCUGGCUAUGAUCAGUGCCCGGAGCGUCCAUCCCCACCAUCAGCUGCACGCCAAGGGCAAGUCUAAAUACGAUGUUUCCUCUCAACAAGCUGCAGGACACUUUACAACCUGUAAUGUGAACCACUUUCGAUUGCUGGAGGAGAAGAACCAAGCUCUGAAGCAUGAAGUAGCCACUCUACGCCAGGAGAAACAACACUAUAGGAAACUGAAAGCAAAGCUCCAUGCUGCCUUGCAGGAGAAAAAUUGUCUGAACCUCAAGCUGGUUGACCACCACCUGAAGGCAUCCAAGUAUGAUCAGGUACGAUGUGACUACGAGCAGCUGAGACAAACCUUUGCUGUAGUGAGCCGGGAGCGAGACGUGGCCCAGCAGCAGAGGAAGCACCUCCAGCUCAAAGUAGAUGCUCUGGAACAGCGUCUGAAGCAUAUGCACGAAGCUUUUGAGCUAAAACAGCAGCUGCAGACAGAGCAUGAGCAAGCCUUGGUGGCCCUCCACGGCAAGCAGAGGGAGAUCAAUCAGCUGCAAAAGGCCUGGCUUCAAACUGACCAACAACAUGAGGAAGCAGUACACUUGUUAGAGGUCAAGCUUUGUGACCUGGAGCAGAAAUGCAGGUCACACAGUGAGCACUUCCACCAGCUGUCCAAUGAGCUGUUGAGCUUCUGCUUGCAUUCGGAGCCCAUUGAGAUCCUCGUACAGAGUCGUUCCACCCCAGCAUCCCGGAUCCUUUCCUCUCCUGAGGAGAAACUCUCAGAGGUCACUGCUGAAUUUGAAGUCAAUUCAAAGACAGGUGAUGAGAGUGCAGCAAACACUCCGCCACUGAUCUCCCGGUUUUUGCCCCGCCCCACGCAGACUGGAGACGGCGAGCCACCAGAACCGCUGUCUGUUAAACAUAGCACCGUGACAACGGACCGCUCCCGCAGCCCUCGAAMGCCUUCCCCAUCAGAGAUGGAGGAUGAGAUCAGCCCAUCACCCAGGUCCAAACCUCGCUACACAGGCCAGGUCCGCCUUUGCACUGCUCGUUACAGUUACAAUCCUUAUGAUGGACCUAACGAGCAUCCUGAAGCAGAGCUUCCUCUUGUGGCUGGAAAGUAUCUGUACGUGUACGGAGACAUGGAUGACGAUGGCUUCUAUGAAGGCGAGCUUCUGGAUGGCCAGAGAGGACUUGUUCCUUCCAACUUUGUGGAAUUUGUCCAAGACAAGGAAAAACCAAUUGGGGAGGGAGGGGAAGACAUAGGCCCUCUGGACCACACAACUCUGGCCCUGAUGACGGUGGAUGGAGGUGUCUCCCAGGAUAGCCUUCUAGGCUCGUCCGGUGCCCUGGUUCCGUGUAGCAACGGGACAGGGGGUCCUUUGGACCCCGAGGAUCUAGCUGAAGACGUUGUGCCUUACCCCCGUAAGAUAACCCAGAUCAAGCAGCUGGCACGGAGCGUUAUUGUGGCAUGGGAGCCUCCAGUAGUGCCUUUGGGUUGGGGAAACAUCUCUGGCUACAACGUGUUAGUGGACGGGGAGCUGCGGGCCAGUGUGCCGUACGGCGGCCGGACCAAGUGCUUGCUCGAGAAGCUGGACCUGGACGGCUGCAUCUACCGGGUGUCGGUGCAGAGCAUCACCGAUCGGGGCUUAUCAGACGAGCUGCGCUGCACCCUGCUGGUGGGGGCCAACGUGGUGGUGGCGCCUUGCGGUCUGCGAGUGGACGACAUCCAGCGUGACACUGCCGAACUCUCCUGGCUGCCGAGCAACAGUAACUACAGUCACACUGUGUAUUUAGAUGGGGCAGAGCAUGCAGUGGUAAAACCAGGAAGGUACAGACUACGCUUCAUCAACCUGAAGCCUCUGACGGUGUAUAAAGUGACGGUGGCGGCACAACCUCAUCAGGUACCCUGGCAGCUGCCCCUGGAGCAAAGAGAACGAAAAGAGGCUGGGGUAGAGUUUUGCACUCAGGCUGCAGGCCCACCGCUGCCUCCCCUCGAUGUUCAGGUGCUCUGUGGGCAAGCUCCAGGGGUCCUGCAGGUCCGCUGGAAGCCUCCCAUUCUCUCCCCCACAGGCACUUCUAAUGGGGCAAAUGUCAUUGGCUACGCAGUCUGCACCAAAGGACAAAGGAUAGCUGAGGUGUUGUUCCCAAUGGCAGACUACGUCACCAUUGAUCUGACGAGGAUUCAAUGCCUGGAGGCCAGAGAGGUCAUCGUUAAGACACUGUCAGUCCAGGGAGAAUCCCAGGACUCCCAAGUCGCCGUCAUUCCAAACAACCUGCUUGUGCCUCUACCCCCACUUCCCCUACCAGCGCCAAUGCACCCUCAUGUGGGACCCCCUCCUCACCCUCAGCCUCACCCUCAACCUCACCCUCAACCCCACCUCCCGUCUCCUCACCUUCCUCACCCUACACCCCAACUCCCUGCUCCACCUCAUUCUCAACCACUCCCACCUCAUCCUCAGCACCCCCAAGCCCAUCCAAGACUGCCACACCCAGGUAGACCCCCGCAUCCCCAACCCCAGCCUUUACAUCUUCAACCUCGCGCCCCCCACCAGGGUCCAAGGCCCCAGCACCGACUGCCUCUGCUGCCCCACCCCCACCCUAUACCUCAGAGACCAGUAAGUGCCAGAGACCUGGAUGCCAAAGAGCACACAGCUCACCACGGAAGAGCCAUCCCACCCGACCACCAGCCUGGCUGGGACCCGACGCGAUCUCCGUCGCAGCCUCCCGUGCCCAUGCCGGGCCACACUCUGGAGCCCCCGCCCCCUCCCAACCUGCGCUCACCCUCCCCUCAGAGGAUUCUUCCUCAGCCCCAGGGCACGCUCAUUCCAGACACCGUGGCCAAAGCCAUUGCUCGAGAAGCAGCACAAAGAGUGGCAGCAGAAAGUGGCAAGGGAGACAGACGGCAGGGCAGAUAUGUAGAGCAGGGUCGUUCAUUUCACCAGCACCCCUCUGACGAGGAAGAGGAGGAUGAGGAAGGCUUUGCUCGUGGCCGUCGGAGAGGACCUUCAGUUGAUGAGUUUCUGAGGGGCUCGGAGUUGGGGAGGCCGCCUCACUAUAGUCACAAUGAAGAGUAUCACAGCGAGAGCAGCCGGGGCUCUGACCUGUCUGACAUCAUGGAAGAGGAUGAGGAGGAGCUGUACUCUGAGAUGCAGCUGGAAGAGGGGGGACGGCGACGCAACUCGCACAACACUCCCAAGGACCAUACGACGAGUAACAGCUUCAUUUUAAAACUGCAGUAUCUUCCAUUGGCUUGUAUGUGUUUCAAUACAAACAGUCCUGCUGGUGGCCACCACGAUCGGGACGGUGGGAGACGGAYUCAUUCCCAUCUUAAGAGGCGGCCUCUAAUGGUCCCCUCUAUUGAUGGCUACAGGAAUCGGGACCGCCGUUCUCCUACGUACUAUGACGAGUCAGAACCUGAGGAGCACUUUCGGAUCUUUGUGGCCCUCUUCGACUACGAUCCUCUGUCUAUGUCCCCCAAUCCUGACGCAGCUGAUGAGGAGCUUCCAUUCAAAGAGGGGCAAAUCAUUAAGGUGUACGGUGAUAAGGACCUGGACGGGUUUUACAGAGGAGAAGUGAAAGGCAGGAUGGGGCUGAUACCCUGUAACAUGGUGUCAGAGAUACGAGCAGAUGACGAUGAGACCAUGGAUCACCUCAUCAAACAGGGCUUUCUGCCACUCAGCACCCCGGUGGACAAAAUAGAACAGAACCGAAGAGGUCUCCGUCGAGAUCAGGCAUCGAGGAGGAUGGUGGCACUGUACGACUACGACCCCAGGGAGAGCUCUCCUAAUGUUGAUGUUGAGGCUGAGCUGACGUUCUGUACUGGUGACAUCAUUGCUGUGUUUGGUGACAUUGACGAAGAUGGAUUUUAUUAUGGUGAGCUCAACGGCCAUCGCGGUCUGGUUCCCUCUAACUUCCUGGAAGAAGUGCCUGAUGACGUGGAGGUGUAUCUGACCGACACCCCGUCCCACUACCCCCAGGAAGAGCCCACCAACCGGCCCCCUGUCAACUCUGCUGCCGCCGUGUCGGAGGGAAAACGGGUUACCACAGAAACCUCUGACACGGCCAACAACAUCAGCAAGCCCGUCCGAGCCCCUUCCCCGAUCGUUCGACCCCUGCUUCCGGGAACKAUGAGACCUCUCAGUCCGCCGAGGGGUCCUCACAUCCCGCUAGACCCCAGGGACCCUCAAGAUCUCAAGAAGAAAAAAGGAAUACUUUCUAAGGGAAAGAAACUGCUUAAGAGACUUUCUCCAGUUAAAUGAAAAACAACAUAAUAAACAUUAAUGUACAAUUAUUCUACCUGUGGGGCUCUGUAUAUAGCAUCCAUACAAUCAGCUCUGAUCUAACAGCACAUGACAGAGUGGACAUUUGUCUCCUGGACUGUUUGAGCCUGACAAGUGAUUUGAUUGUGUCCGUAACGGUACAUUAUUUUUGUACAGUGCAGUUCCAAAAUGAAGAGUGAAGUCACAUGCAGACACAAACACAUUUUCCUGCAAUGUCUUUAAAAACUGAUUAAAGAAAAAAAAAAACUAGGAUUUUCAUGACAUAAACUUUUUUUUCAGGUAGAAUAAACUUUACAGUUGUUUGAAGCUGGAAAACAAAACUUUUCUUAGCAAAAGAACAUCAAGUUUUWUGAAGGCAUCAUUUUCUCCUGAGAAAAUCUCAACUAGAAAACACUGUUAUGAAGCAUUCUGUGAAGCAAUGCUGGCUGCUAACUAGAAUCUUUUAUUCAGUGCAAUAUUAUAGAGAGAUGGUAGCAUUGAGUUGGAAGAAACAAAUUUUCACUUGCUGGUUUUCAGAUUAGUGACGUGGUUUUGGGUUAUGAAAGAAUUAACCCAGACUUCAGAGAAGAUGGGUUUCAGGGCAUUAAAACACCGGGUGAGCUCAGCUGUCUCAGUGGCCUUUACGAAAACAUGAUGAGCACGACAUUCCUCAUUUGACGACAAGACUAACUUACAACGGGUUUUUGUUUCAUAACGGGUCGCCUGUGCUUUGACAUUUUUAGGAAAGAAAUUAGAUCAGUAAUGGUCAUUGUCUUUGCUGUGAAACUGUCAUGAAACGCCUAGUUCAAGACAAAAAAUGCGYGUCUAUCCACUGAUUGCACAAUUUUGAUUGGUCUGAAAACUGGCUAAGGACAUACUUGGUGUGCCUGUGUGUAAGUGAUGCAUUUCUGUUUUGCACUUUCAUAAAUCUUGUAAACUUUUGUUCUGUUUCUGAAAGAGAGGCRAUCUUGUUCUUGGUCUUGUGAUAUAUGGUGAUGUGCUGCUACUUCCAUUGACUGCACUGUGUAGUUCGGUUGUCUCACACAGAUAUWCAGUUAGUGAGACAUGAUGAAGACAAAUGAAAACUUCAAAUCUAAAAUACUGAAGCAUGAAUUGUUCUCUGAUUUUGUCCGAAAAUGUCUGUAGAAAAAUAUUAACUCAUUUACUUGGGUUUURGUUUUGCUUGGAUUUAUGUUCUAUUUGCACUUAAAGUACAUAAGGACUAUACUAUUUUACAUGUUAAACAGCUUAUACAUGAUUAUCAUGGAGGGAUUUGUCAAAAAACAGGUUUCACUUUCAUUCCUAUGRUCUUGAAUGAUUUAAAACGUUGAAAUAAAUACAUAGAUGAAGAUAAAGGAAACUGAUCMGAUCAGUUGUGCCACCUCAAUUAGUCAAACUCUUAGUGAGUUGUGAUAAUUUAGGUAGACACAUUUUAAGUUAGAUUUGGUUUCUUAUAUUUGUAUAACCUUCUGUCAUCUCAUUUUCAAAUUCACUAACAAAAUAACUUAGUGUUGCAACAAGGUCAAUUGGUAAAUAAAAUGCAUCAUAUUUGUAUCAAAUUGACAUGUGGAGAAAAAGAAAAAAAAUUCUUGUUUCUACCUUUAGUUGUAAAGACAGAAAGACACAAAACUGUUAUCUCUUUGAGAGAAUUAUUCAGAACUGUAAUUUCCCUUCAUGGGAUCAAUAAAGUAUCAUUCAAGUUGCUUGAAAUUCUAAACGAAUCGCUACAAUUUUGUGUUAGAGAAAAAUAUAGAAGUGCUCAAAAAUUCAACUAUAUUCAUGAUGAUAAGUAUGACUCAUAGCUUCAAUCAUCUCAUUAGUUUCUUAGUUUCAKAUGUUCAUUAUGUCCAGUUUAUCUUCAGUUGUUUGUUUGCAGUAUGUUUAUUGUAUACAACAGGGUUUAUCUCCUCAUACUUUAUUAAUACUCUGAAUGAGGAUAGAGGGUUGCCAAAACCAAAAUCGAGAAAAGUAUGGCUGACAACAAGUUUACUUUUCAUUUCUUUCUUUUCCAAAGCUGUUCAUGUAAAKUUUCUCGUCCUGUUGGUCUCGAUUCUGAAACAAGGUGUUUAUAAAACCAAAAGAUUCACCUCUGAAUGAGUGUUGUGUCUGCAAACACUGUAGCUCUUUUGUACUUUGAUCCAUUUGUAGAUAAUUUAUAAAAAAAUGUUUCUACUUGAUUUUACGACAGCCUUUUUUAAUUGCACUGAUAYGUCUGUUCUCUCCCUGUAUAAAAGGUGGCAAGCAUUCUCCAUAGUGUCCUUUGAAAUCACAUGUAUCGGUCCACCGUAUGUGCUUGCUUUGUGAAUCACAUUUUAAAAAGAAGAAAUGAAAAAUGUAUUAGAUGGUAUUUAUGAUAAUUAAAUAUGUGUGAGUGUAUGUGUGAAAAAAUACAACUUUUAUAACCAAAUUAAAUUUAAUAUUUUUCAGAAAA